GUAUCUACUGGAUCUAGGGUAUUGGUAGCAAUAGUUACGCAGUGAUGUGUUAAUGAUAUUUGAACAUAAGUAUCACCAGUCCAAGUCUUUUGUAAAACAAUAUAAAUCCAUCAAGAUGAAAGUGAUGGUAUGACAAGAAGCUGUGGUCCCGAGGAAUCUGGAAGUGUCUACGAAGAGAAUUUCGAAAUAUUAUGUAAAGUGUAGGUUAGGGUUGGCAUACAAUUAUGUUUCCUUGUGACAACAGUGAUCUUAGUUUAGCAAAAAAGCAGCAUAUAAAAUAUUUUCAACGUUUUUUAAAUAUCCUUCCUGCACGUUUAAUCUCUUACGAUUCGACAAGAUUAACGAUGGCCUUCUUUGCAAUUUCUGGACUUGAUAUUUUAAAUGCUUUGGAUGUACUAGAUGACAAGAAGAAAGAACAUAUUAUUGAUUGGAUAUAUAGGCUUCAAGUUGUUCCUGAUGGCUCACACUCAUCUUUGAAAAGAUGUGGAUUUCAAGGUUCCAGUACAUUAAUCUUCACACGAGGUGAAUCAGAUUGCUCAACAGUAUAUGAAUGUGGACAUUUGGCCAUGACAUACACAGGUCUUGCUAGUUUGGUUAUACUGGGGGACAAUUUGUCUAGAGUCAACAGGGCAGCAAUCAUCGAAGGUGUGAAGGCUUUACAGCAGGAGGAUGGCAGUUUCUGUGCAACUCUUGCUGGCAGUGAAAGUGACAUGAGGUUUGUGUACUGUGCUGCUUGCAUCUGUUACAUACUGCAUGACUGGUCUGCUAUGGAUGUAAAGAAGACUGUGAACUACAUUACAAGAAGUAUGUCCUAUGAUUAUGGCAUCGCGCUGGCGCCUGAACUGGAAUCGCAUGGGGGAACAACAUUCUGUGCUGUGGCCACCUUGGCACUGAUGAAUCAACUGAACACUUGUUUUACAAAUAAACAGUUAGAUGGGUUACGAAGGUGGGGCCUUGCACGCCAGAUCUCGGGUUUUCAGGGCAGACCAAACAAACCAGUGGAUACUUGUUACUCUUUUUGGUUGGGAGGAUUACUGAAGAUUCUUGGGGUGUUUGAAAUGAUUGAUUUCAAGCAGAACAAGAACUACAUUCUUUCCACACAAGACCCCAUUAUGGGUGGCUUAUCUAAAUAUAUUGACACAUCACCAGAUCCAUUGCAUACUUAUAUGGGUCUGUGUGGCUUAAGCUUAAUGAAGACUGAAGGAUUACUAGAAGUACAUCCAUCUUUGAAUGUUAGUCAGAGAGCACAUGAACACCUAGACAACUUGCACAAAUCAUGGGAGAACAACUGAGCACACUCAAAAUAAUGUGCAGCACAAUAUGGUAUUUGCCAAGAAAUAUUUUUUACUUAUUAAAACACAGUGCUUUAUAAGAGGAACAGAGUUGUGGAUGUAUCAGUAACUAUGAGAAACAGCCUCAUUACUCCAGCCUGAGUGUGACAUGUCAAACAAUUGUAUUAAUUUCAGACACAUGACAGUAUUAUAUCAUUUCAUGUUUGAAUGUGUCCUAAUAUUGCAGUUUAUUAAUCAAUGUAAUACACUGGGAUUACUGAUUCUCAAAUUUUAGGUGAAAAUUUAUAUUUGUUUAUCAUACAUAGAUCCUUACUCUGCAGUUCCGUAUGGGAAUAGAACAAAGGAUAAAUUAUGUAAUGUUUUAAAUCUGUUACCCUACUGAAGACAGUAAGCACUGGCACCAUUCUUUUGCAGGAUGCUGGCAUAAGUGUUAAUCUAAAGAAAUUCAAGAACAUCAAAACAUAUAGCAUACAUUUAUUGAGUAAUUAAUAAAAAAGCAUAAGAGGGGGGUCAUGAUGCAGAUGUACAUGGACCGUUGCUCCCAGGUGGUCAUUGGUUACUGCAGUUGCAACUUCUGUCUUCUUUAAUUUUAUCUCAGAAAAUGUCUGUUCACAUUAUAUGUUAAAGUGGGUGAGAAACGUUCUUUGAGUAGAAGCCCUGAUUUGGAAGUGCACAGCCAUGUCAAGAGGCAUAAGAAUGUAGAGGUAUCACUGACAGGAACUGUUCCUAAAGUAGUGAAUCAGUCACUUUGCAGAUGGGUAUGCCAGGAUAGUACCUCAGUUAGACCAUGUAACCGUUUGCCUACACGUUUGGAAGCGCCAUCUUCUUAUAAUCCUCUCAUUGGGCCUCUAUGUCGGGUGCCAUGUUAUUAUAAUUGUCGUUAGCCCUUACGUUGGGCGUCAUGUUCUUCUACUCGUCCUCUUGUGUUGGUCUUUACGUCGCUGGCUGCUGGACUGCUACGGGCAGUGGUGGCUACAGCUGGCUUUACCCUGCUUCACUUAUCCUACUUACACACAUCUGAUCUUUAGGACAAUGGGUUUUCUUUGGGCGCCAGUAAACUGCUACUAUCAGUUUACAGAUUUAGGACAGGUGUGAAGGAUUGAUAAGGGGAUAGUGGUCAUGGGUAGCUAGUUCCGCCGGUAGAGCUAAGAUUCUGUCCUCAGGCCGUUUGGCAAGGUCUCGCUCAGGAAGGGAAGUGGGAACUCCUGUUAUAACACACACACACACACACACACACACACGCGCGCGCGCGCGCUUUGUUCCACAAGACACUUUAUUAAACUCUUGUCCAUAGUGGCCGCCACUACCUCACUAGAUUGAAUUUGCAUCCAAAUGGUUUGUAGUCCGGAAUACCACUUUUUGCAGAUUUGCGUCCAAAUGGCUUGCGAUCUGUAAUACGACUUUUUGCAGAAUUUGCAUCCGAAUAGUUUGCGAUCUGUAAUACGACUUUUUGCAGGAUCUGCGUCCGAAUGGUUUGCGAUCUGGAAUAAGACUUUUUGCAGAAUGCCUUCUCCUCGAAACUCUCGGAGUUGUCUCAGUCCACAAGUCAACUCCCUAAAUUACGAGGAUUGGUCAUUUUCAAAAAAUGGGAGUACACUAAUUAAGUAUUCCCCCAAUCCGUUUAGGUAUUACAGGGAAUUUAGGUGCUAAAACUUAACGUAAAUCCUGUCAGUAGCUUGACAAAUGUUAAGUUUGGCUUGGAGUUGAGAGACCACCCAUCUUUUAAGUUAUGGGUUCAAAACUGUCACAUAUUGUAUUCUCAAAGGAUUCAGACAAGUAAAAUUUUGUGUGACUUUCUAAA